GCCGCCAUGGCGGGCGGGCGGCGGGAGCCGGCGCGGGCCGGGGCCGGGGCCGCGCUGGGCGCGCUGCUCUGCGCCCUCCAUGUGCAGGCAGCCUGUCGGGAUACCACUGUCACCCAGGAGCUGCUGAAGGAGGGCUUUCACAGGGAUCUGCUGGUGAAGGUGGAGCUCGGGGAGGAUGCAGGAGGAUGUGCAGUGGCAGCUCAAGUGCGUCUGCCGCCGGGAAUCUACGUGGAUCCCUACGAGCUGGCCACGCUGCAGCAGCACAAUCUAACAAAGGCAGUGCUGUUCCCUGAUGCCAUUGACGUGGAGGCUCCUGAGUACCUGGCCAGGGCUGCUGUGCUGCUGCUGUUCCUGGAGCCGGACGCGCGCUGUUCCCGCUGCCUGCGCGCCGCCGUGCCCGUGCACGCGCGGUACCACCGGCCAGGAGAGGGGACACAGCAAGCCUCGGUGGUCCUGGAGAGCCCAGAGGUGCUGCUCUGCUGCUGCCACGGUCACCCAUCUGCAGAGUGCUGGGAACCUGCUGAAGUGGACACCCCCUGCUCCUCUGACAACACGAGCCCCUGUCAGUGGCACAGAACAAAGCACAGACCUGUGUAUGAGGAAUCGAUGCUGAGGGUUCCUGUGGGGCUCAGGGAGCACAGUUCCCUGGUGUGUGCCCUGACCCUGCUCACCACAGGGCUCUGCUCUGGCUUGAUCCUCGCUGCUGCCUGCAAGUACGGACACUUCCCGCAGUGACCUGAGGAAACAGGGAAUGUCUGACCUCCAUCCAGCAGAACUGACUGGAUGUUACACUGGAUUCCUGAUUGGAACCCACUCUGCUGUUAUUUAUAUCUUAGGGGGUGCAGGGGUCCCAUAAUGGGUUAGAGUUCCUUUGGCUCAUAGUGCUUACAAAUGCCUUCCACAGCCCAGAAGACAUUUUGGGUGUGUUGUCAAUAUCCAAAGCAGAUGGAGAAUAGGAAAAAGCCUCAAAAAGCUGAAAGCGUUGCUGUGGGCAAUGAGGCAGCAGUCAGGAGUGGAUUUGGGGCUCCUAUUCCCUCCUCCUGGUCCAGAGCCUGCUUCCAAUGCAGUGCUGCCUCUUGCAGAGGUGUUUGUAUUUCUUGACUCAGGGAUUGGUUAUUAAGGGUAUAAAAAACAUUAUCAAGUCAUUAAAAUUUCUGAAUUUUAAGCUUGUCAUGCA